AUGGUGGGAAACAUUUCCAGUGGACCUUUGGGCGCACACCUGGGUCGCCGGGAGUUGGUCAUUGCUUCGUACACGGGUAUUUUCAUUUUCAGCAUACUGUCUUCGACAUCUGCCUCCAUAGCCGUACUUCUGAUUUGGAGGUUCAUCGUCGGUUGGAGCAUCGGCAUUGGGCAGCCAGCAUGGAUGGCGAUUGCAGCUGAGAUCACGCCCUCUAGCUGGAGAGUCGUUACUGCCGGGUUUUCGCAGACAAUGUUCGCUUUCGGCGAGCUCUAUGCUGCGUUCCUUCUUAUGAAUGAUGACCCUAGUCUAAAACAUUUGAACUGGCGUCGUGUCAUACAGCUCGGUGCCAUUCCCUCCUUGAUUUUGAUGGCACUGGCCAUACCCUUCCUGCAGCAAUCACCGACCUACCUGCAACUUAAAGGAUGUCAUGCCGAAGCGAUCAAGGUCCUGGAGAGCAUGCGCAGAGACAAUCGAGCAAGCGACGUCUCAGUUGAUUUCAGGCUUCCCCCAAAUCCGACGCCUGCGAGUUCCUCCGAAGGGAUGCUGGACCUGUUGUGGAAGCAGGGCAAGACCAUUUUGGGCGCAAAGCUGAUCUUACCCACCAUGGUCGUGUCGUUUACAUGCUUCGAGCUCAACCUGCUGUAUUAUGGAUGUAUCUAUGCCUUUCCGCAAGUGCUUUCUGACUUAGUCGCAGAGGGCGCUGCGCAACAGUUGCUCGUUGGGGCAUUGUGGGAGAUUCCCGGAGUUUGCAUUGGCAUUGCCCUCGGGAUCAUGUACCUCAGGAAGACGGGCAUCAAGUUUUACCUGACCCUAGCCGCCAGUGUAACUCUGCUCUUCAUCAUCGGAGGGAACAAUCGCAACAGACACUGGGCCUUUGACAUCGCACUCUAUGCGGGCUAUUACGGAAUCAAGCUCUCACCGAACAUUGGCUUCGUCUUGGUUUACCAGGUUGCCAAUGAAAUCUACCCUGCCGAGGCAAGGACUUUGGGCUGCGGGCUUUGCUUGGCAUGUGGGCGGCUGGCAGCAAUGUUGGGGCCGUUGCUCUUUGAAGGGCUCUUUGAACUUACUGGCACGUGGCUCACUUUUUUCUUGAUCAUGGCCGGCUUUGCAGUCUUCAAUUUGUACGUAGUCGACGUUAUUCCAGAGACUGCGAACAAGAUUCUGGAUGAUCACCGGAAGCCAAGCAAGAACAAAGCUUGCAGCAUAGUGAUCGGGAGUGCUAGCGCACUGCACGGCAGGUGCCAGAAGCUGCAGCCAGCAUGGCAAAACAAGCCGCUUUGUGGGGGCCUGAUAUCCGCGACAUGGACAUUCUUGAAGAACACAUCGUCGGCACAACAUGUCCUGCAAAUGGCUCAAAUGGCAAAGCUCGAGCUGCAAGAAGCGAGGCGGAAGACCGUGGCUUUGGAACUGCCCUCCAGGUGGUUCGAUGGUCAAGUUCCUAGACAGGUCAACAACAUCGGCCCUGAGUUCUGCUGGCACCAGUUUGCACUUCUGUUUGGAAAGGUUUCUACAAUUGAGCUGGUCCGUCCCAAUGCAAGUGUCCUGGUGCAGCUGCUGGUGUCCUACAAGGACCCCGAGGGAGCAGCGGCACUUAUGGAGGCCCUGACCGAUCGCUACCUUCUCUACACCAAGAGUGGUGUUCCGGACGACUGCUACCCCGUCACCCUCACUCCUGGAGACGGCUACUCUCUCAGAGAAUAUUACUGCUCUGCCAGUGUUCCAAGCCUCCCUCCACGGGAGGAGGUGCGACACGAACCACCUGCUGUUAGCGGCCAAGUUAAUGCAGCACAGGAUGGCCCUGGCUGCACCUCCCCGGCAGACACUCGGCAAGUCGCCGAGGCUACCGGACCUCCUGCCGCAUAUGUUCUGCGCCGUUGUGGCAAAGGCCCUGUGCCGGAUGCCCUUCGGGAGCCACCAGAAACUUUCAGCAUUUCCGCCCAGAAGUCACGACUGGUCUUCGGUCGCGAAGAUACUUGCGAUGCAGUCCUGCGGCAUCAGUAUGUGUCAAAGGUGCACGGUACUUUUGUCCUUCAAGACUCACCUGAGGUCAGCAUGGGCCGAAUGCUGUUACUCCUUGACUCUUCUUCAAACGGAGUUUGGGUCAACGGUGUGCGCAUGGCGACGGGCCGCUUUCAACAACUUCAUCCUGGGGACAGGAUUUCCUUCCUGGCACCCAUCGCCAAGUUGGAUGAAGACCCCGCAACCUGGGAGGUGUGCAUCCUGGCUGUUGACAAAGAGGCAGGGCAUCCGGCAGCACCAGAACAAAGGCAGCUUAUAUCUCAAGCUGCACCAGCGAGCCAACAGGCGAACAAGUAG